AUGACUGCAGACACUCUUUCGCUUAAAGGCAAGACCGCCUUGAUCACUGGCUCGGGCAGAGAAAAUGGCAUUGGCGCUGCCAUCGCCAGAGCUUUUGCCCGAAACGGCGCCGAUGUUGCGAUUCACUAUGUCUCGGAGGGCUCCAAGUCGCGGGCUGAGAAGGUGGCAGCAGAUAUUAGUCGGGAGUUUGGAACCAAGACCACCGUUAUACAAGGAGCGGUAGAGAAAGCCAGCAAUGCGACAAAGAUAGUCAAAGAAACUCUGGAAGGCCUUGGAGCCUCUCACAUUGACAUUCUCGUGAACAACGCUGGAUAUGGAGCUGCUAAGAAUAUCCUAGAGGCAACGCCAGAAUCGCUAGAAGCAGAAUUUGGGAUCAACGUUUUUGGCCCAAUUUACCUGACUCAAGCAGUCGUUGGAAUAGGCAAAAUGCCCAGAGGCGGGCGCAUCAUCAACGUCGGCUCCAUCGCCUCAAAGCUCGGCCCCGAAAUCAGUGCAGUCUACGGCGCUACAAAGGCGGCGCAAGACAGUCUCACGGCAUCCUGGGCUGGUCAGCUCGGCCGUAGCCAUGGAAUUACCGUAAACACCCUUGCUCCCGGACCAAUCUUGACAGACUUGGCGAGGCCGUUCUUGGAAGCCGCCGACGGAACCUCAUCGGCGGAGAUGUUGAAAGUGGUGGAGGCGCAAACACGAGCUGAGGCACGAAUCGGGACAGUCGAGGACAUGGCCGAUGCUGCGUUGCUCCUGGUUUCGGAGAAGAGCCGCUGGCUUACCGCACAGUGGAUUUCAGUCAGUGGCGGAGUUACUGGAACCAUGUAA